GUAGUAACAGAUUGUGUCGACAAUUCCGUUGUCGGUGGAGUUGAUGAUAUUUCGAGAGUUGAAGAGGAUUCUGUUGUGCUUGUGCCUGUUGUGACCUCCUCAGUCGAAAUGGUGGAAUAUGUGGAAGAUUCUGUUGUCAGUGGAGUUGAUGAAAUCUCCUCUAUUGAAGAGGUUUCUGAUGAGCUUGUGCCUGUAUGA